AGGAAUGCUUGCUUAUUGGCUGGAUGCUAAAUGUCAGCUGCUUGGCUGUUAGCUGGCAGUUAGAGUGACAACAAGCAGGUGUAAGUCGUGCAGAGAGCAGCCAGGAUGCCUUAUGUUCUCAUCAGCACCCAGAUCCGUAUGGAGACCGGACCUACGAUUGUGGGAGAUGAAUUUUCCGAUAUACAGUUGAUGGCACAGCUCGAGGCAGAUAAGAGGACAGUGCUGGGAAAUAAUUUUUCAGAGUAUUAUGUGAAUGAACCUCCGCAUGUGACACUCAACAAGUUGGAAAAACUGGGUUACCGGGUCGUGAGCAUGACGGGUGUUGGCCAGACUUUGGUGUGGUGUCUGCACAAGGAAUAAGGAUUCUCAAUGAUUCUCACAGGCCGACCAAGAUCUGCUCACACAUCACCAAGAGCAUUUUCAACUUGCAGAUGCCUCUCCUGCACCCAGACUCCAAGACUUCAGCCGUGAUUACAGGCAACUCCAGAACCAAAUGCAAACGAUUAAUGGACAUCACCACUGCUGAGCAAUGCUGUGAUCUGACUCUAUUGUUAUAUACAGGUAUAGGAUCCCUUAUCCGGAAACCCGAUAUCCAGAAAGCUCCGAAUUACGGAGUGGCUGUCUCCCAUAG